AUGAAGAACUUCCCUAUGGCUUCCCUUCUUUUCCUGGUUCUUAUCCUGAGUGUCGAUCUUGGAGCUACCACACGUGGCAGUGAUGUGGCCAAGUUCUGCUGUUUCCAAUACAGCCAAAAACCCCUUCCCUGGAAGUGGGUGCGUAGCUAUGAAUUCACCAGGGACAGCUGCUCCCAGAAGGCUGUGAUAUUCACCACCAAGAGAGGCCAGAAAGUAUGUGCCCAGCCGAAGGAAACAUGGGUGCAAAAAUACAUUUCAUUACUCAAAGCCCAGCAACAACUGUGA